CCCCUCGGAGGGCUCGCUGGCCUGGCUCGCCCGUCGCCUCAGACGCCGCCAUGAGCCGCCGCGCCUCGGUCAGCGAGUGCUGGCGGGACUGGGAGGAGCUGCAGGACGGCUUCCAGCGCGUGCAGGAGACUCACAGGCUGUACAAACAGAAGCUGGAAGAGCUCACCAAACUGCAGGACGGCAUCUCCAACUCCAUCACGCGGCAGAAGAAGCAGCUAACGAAGCUGUCCCUGGCCCUCAAAAAAUGCAAGUCUUCGCUCACCGACUCAGAUGACGAAAGAGAGUUCACCAUUCAAGAGCUGCAGGGUAUGAUCAAAGAGCGGCAGAACGUCUUCUUCGACAUGGAAGCCUACUUGCCCAAGAAGAACGGGUUGUACCUGAGCCUCGUGCUGGGAAACGUGAACGUCACUCUGCUCAGCAAGCCGGCGAAGUUUGCCUACAAGGAUGAGUACGAAAAGUUCAAGCUCUACCUCACGAUCAUUCUGCUGAUGCUGUCCUUCACCUGCCGGUUCCUUCUUAACUCCAGGGUGGCGGACGCCGUCUUCAAUUUCCUCCUGGUCUGGUAUUACUGCACUCUGACCAUCCGGGAGAGCAUCUUGAUCAACAACGGAUCAAAGAUUAAAGGCUGGUGGGUUUUCCAUCACUACGUCUCCACCUUCCUCUCGGGCGUCAUGCUGACUUGGCCAGAUGGGCUCAUGUACCAGAAGUUCAGAAACCAGUUCCUCACCUACUCCAUGUAUCAGAGCUUCGUCCAGUUCCUUCAGUAUUACUACCAGAGCGGUUGCCUCUACCGGCUAAGAGCCCUGGGGGAGCGGCACACCAUGGACCUCACCGUGGAGGGUUUUCAGUCCUGGAUGUGGAGAGGCCUCACCUUCUUGCUCCCCUUUCUCUUCUUCGGGCAGUUCUGGCAGCUCUACAACGCCGUCACGCUCUUCCAGCUGGCCAGGCACCCCGAAUGCAAAGAGUGGCAGGUGCUGAUGUGCGGCCUGCCCUUCUUCACCCUCUUCACCGGCAACUUCUUCACCACCUUGCGCGUCGUCCACCAGAAAUUCCAAGACAUGGCCAAGACGGAGUGAGCGUGGCCUCCAGCGCCUCCCCCGCCUCCCUUCCGCUCGGCCCGCGCGUUUCUUUGCCUACGAAUAAACGGAAGCGCAAAACAGCCGCCGCCGUUCCACGUGCCCAGCGGGAACGAGGCCAAACAGCUCGCAACUGCCCCAAAUCCGGAUACCAGCCAAAGUGUCUCAAAGGACUGAUACACUACGUGAGCACAGAAGAAUUGACAACAAGAUUGAGCCGUGCAACGUCAUAGAACUGUAACGUCAGUACACAUGUAGACGUAAAGUUGCGCAAAACCGCUUCGUCGAUUGCUGAGCUCCGGAUCAGACCCUCGCUAUAGCUCAAAACGUAACACAAUACAGAUGAAAAUAAAUCUCCAAACUGAGGUUCCACAUACAGAAUUCGGAGAUCGGAGGGAAUAUGGGUUCCAGCGAAACGGCCGAAACUUAAACUGUUCUCUCGCUCAGCAAUUUCGUGGCCGAAUUCGUGAGCCUGUUUUGCGCAACUUUACUCUGUUCUGCACAUAGGCGUACCGACGUUACAAGUCUCGGUCUUGUUAUAAUUCCUUCCGCGCUCGCAAAUUGUAUCUGUCCUUUUACGCCGUUGUCUUGGCUGUUCCCCAGACUUGCGUGCCGUUGAGCGUGUGUGGGGUGUGUGGCCCCUUCGCCUUCUGAUCUUCUUCUCCCCGAACGGUUCGAUCCGCUCAACACCAGGCGCCCCUUUCUCUGCCCUCCCGCUCCAAAUCCAGCGGACUGGUGAGAAACGGAGCAGCGCGAAGGCCUUUCCCCUCCCCACAAGAACAGAACGUCGGCCUUAGGCGUGGGAUUCGAAUCACGGUCGCAUACAGCAGACUCCAGAGAAGCGCUUGGGACACACGACUCUCGGCCGUCCUCGGGUACGACCUCUGCCCCGCCUUCUUCCUGCCAGAGCAGAGGGCUGCCAAAUUCCCCAAGCCCCUGUUUUGAGGGGGACGAAAGAAAGGGAGUAGCUUCCCCUCCAGCGUCGGUCAUUGGGGCGUUGCGGCUUUUUUUAUUCGUUGGGAGGGUGCGUGGCCGUCGCUGUCCGAACAUCGCUGUCCUCCCCUUCUCCUGAUCAGUAUGUUCCGCCCUUGCCUUCGCUAUAGGAUUCAGUCCCUUCCGUAACCCUCUCUCUCUCUCGGAACCAGACGUGGCGACUACGGGACCGCCCCUGCCUUUCCUGCACCGGAGGGGGCAACGGCUACAGGCCCCUCUGUGCAAGUUCGGCAUCGGCGCUCAAGCUCGAAAGGACUGCAGAAGGGCUGAAGGCGGGGGAGCGAACCUUGGGCCCCCGUUUUGGCUAGCCCAACAUUUGUGGUGUGGUUUAGCGUGUGUGUGUGUGUGUGUACUGUCAAGAACGGUGGAAGGAGCUCGCCUGCAUCACAACCUAUGUUGUCACCUUCCACAAAUGUACUCUCGUCAUUCCAAAAAUAAAUUGUUGUAAAAUAAAGAACAGGGAAAUGUC